AUGUACCAUCUCGGUCUUUUCAUGUUUGCCCUUGGCACAGCCGCGCAGAGCAUCAGUAUCAGCUACAGCUAUACUGCGACGGUGACGGCCACAGUCAUUGAGACGAUCAUAACAUGCCCCUGUCCGACACCGACGACGACAACCACGACGGCGGCCUCCUCGAUACUGCUUCCGGAUGGGACCAUCACACCUUUUGUGACUUCGUCGAGUACAGCCGUUAGUAGCACAACAAGUCUGACUGGUGUUGUGCUUCCAGAUAACACCAUCACCCCGUCUAUGACGACGAGGACAACGACGACGCCCAUAGUAAGCAAUGGCAUUUCGUCAGCACCAGUCUCGAGCAUUUCCACGCUUACCACCUCGACCACGUCGACCACCUCCAGCACCAGCAACGUGCCAUCUGUAACGAACGAUGCUUACAUCAACGCCAUCCUGAUUCACCACAACAUCCAUCGGACCAAUCACUCGGCCACGGCAUUGACUUGGUCUCCGAGCCUGGCUGAGACGGCUCAGAUGAUUGCCCAGACAUGUGUCUAUGGGCACGUUACAAACAUCAACGGCGGAGGCUACGGCCAGAACAUCGGUGCCGGGUACCCAGUCACACCGCUAGGUAUGGGAAACUUUGUGACCGAAGGCCUGUACAACAGCGAAGUCAACAACUACGUCUAUUACGGCGCGGAACCCGACAUUACCACGCUCCAGCAGUGGGGACAUUUCACCCAGAUUGUGUGGAAGAGUACCACUUCGGUGGGCUGCUACACGGCCGACUGUACGGCGACAGGCCUAGGCAAUGUGGGGGGUGGCGUGCCGCCGUAUUUCACCGUGUGCAACUAUGCGCCGCCUGGCAACUACAUCGGAGAAUUUGCGCCUAACAUUGGCGUGUCCAUCGGCUUGGCAACCGUGCAUGCGGACUAUGGGCUUUCUUCUUGA